AUGCGGCCCGCCCCGACUGCGCUCUGCCUGCGCCUGGCGUGGGCCCUGGGCCUGGCCCUGGCCGGCCCCCUGGCUGCGGGGUGGGCCUCGGCCCGGGCCCCGGUCUAUGUCAACAGCUGGGCCGUGCAGGUGUCCCAGGGUCACCGCGAGGCCGAGCGCCUGGCACGCAAAUUCGGCUUCGUCAACCUGGGGCAGAUCUUCCCUGACGGGCAGUACUUCCACCUGCGACACCAGGGCGUGGCCCAGCAGUCCCUGGCCCCGCACUGGGGCCACCGCCUGCGCCUGAAGAAAGACCCCAAGGUGCAGUGGUUCGAGCAGCAGACACUGCGGCGACGGGUGAAGCGCUCCCUGGCCAUGCCACUCACGGACCCCUGGUUCUCCAAGCAGUGGUACAUGAACAACCAGAUGCAGCCAGACCUGAAUGUCCUGCAGGUCUGGAGCCAGGGGCUGUCCGGCCAGGGCAUCGUGGUCUCCAUCCUGGACGAUGGCAUCGAGAAAGACCACCCAGACCUCUGGGCCAACUACGACCCCCUGGCCAGCUAUGACUUUAAUGACUACGACCCAGACCCCCAGCCUCGAUACACGUCCAGUGACGAGAACCGGCACGGGACCCGCUGUGCUGGGGAAGUGGCAGCCAUGGCGAAUAACAGCUUCUGCGGCACAGGCGUCGCCUUCAACGCCCGCAUUGGAGGCGUGCGCAUGCUGGACGGCAUCAUCACCGAUGUCAUUGAGGCCCGGGCGCUGAGCCUGCACCCGCAGCACAUCCACAUCUACAGCGCCAGCUGGGGCCCCGAGGACGACGGCCGCACGGUGGACGGCCCGGGCAUCCUCACCCGCGAGGCCUUCCGGCGCGGCGUGACCGAAGGCCGCGGCGGGCUGGGCACGCUCUUCGUCUGGGCAUCGGGGAACGGCGGGCUCCACUACGACGACUGCAACUGCGACGGCUACACCAACAGCCCUCACACACUGUCAGUGGGCAGCACCACCCAGCAGGGCCGCGUGCCCUGGUACAGCGAGGCCUGCGCCUCCACGCUCACCACCACCUACAGCAGCGGCCUGGCCACCGACCCCCAGAUCGUCACCACAGACCUGCACCACCUGUGCACAGACAAGCACACGGGCACCUCGGCCUCAGCCCCGCUGGUGGCAGGCGUGAUCGCCCUGGCUCUGGAGGCCAACCCGUUCCUGACCUGGCGGGACAUGCAGCAUCUGGUGGUCCGCGCAUCCAAGCCGGCACAGCUACAGGCCGAGGACUGGAGCACCAACGGUGUGGGGCGCCAAGUGAGCCACCACUACGGCUAUGGGCUGCUGGACGCCGGGCUGAUGGUGGACAUGGCCCGCACCUGGCUGCCCACAAGGCCGCAGAAGAAAUGCUCCAUCAGGGUCCUGCACAACCACAUCCCCAUCCUGCCGCUGAUGAAGGUGGGGAAGAACGUGUCGGCCUGCGCGGGCUCCCGCAACUACAUCCGCUCACUGGAGCAUGUGCAGGUGCAGCUGUCACUGGCCUACAGCCGCCGUGGAGACCUGGAGAUCUCGCUCACCAGCCCCCUGGGCACCCGCUCCACCCUCAUGGCCAUCAGGGAUGCUGUACCGCUACACGCUGCUGCUCUAUGGGACGGCCGAGGACAUGAUGGCACGGCCCACGGGCCCCUAGGUGACCAGCAGCGCGUGUGUGCGGUGGGACUCAGAGGGGCAGCACCCGGGUGA